AUGCCAAUCACCGCCCAUCCGUCCGCGCCGCCGCCGCCGGGGUCGAUGGGCCCUCCCUCGCGACCCGCUGAUACGAAACCGACUGAUGCUGCAGAGUUAACCGAUGUUUUAGCCUCUUCCGGAAUCGACGUGCGGGAAGAAGAAGCGUUUCUGACCAGUGGCUAUGGCACUACCCCGGCAAAUUCUUCUCAACCACCGCGUCCUCAACUCAACACGUCCAUCUCCUUCACGUCGCUACCGUCACCAACCGUGUCCGCGGGAAAUAGCUUCAAUGAAUCGUCCUUCAAGCAACCCUCGGUUCCGCCGUCGACUCCUCUAAUAGGCACCCAGCCUGCGACCCAGACAAGCCUUGAAGAUGCAAAAUUGCGAGAGGACACCACCGCCAGUCGACGUGACCAGUACCAUCUGCAGGCAGCCUUUCUGCAAACCGCUCCCUUGGGCGAGAGACUACAGAAACAGGGAACCGACCUAGGAGUUCGCAUGCCGUCGGCGGGCUUUUUCCGGCCCUUCCCAAAUCGUCCCGUAGUUCCGAUCGAGGUCGUUGGCCCUGACGGUAAUUCAGUAGUUAGGACCGGGAAGCCGGUGUUGACAACAGAUGCACCGCUAGGUGACAUAAUAUCAUUGGUUUCGUUGGCUUGCGAAGAACGCUUGCGCGCAGUCGUCGAACAGGCUGCCGUCCUUGCAAGGCAUCGGCGGACUUACUCUCACGGCGCCGUCCCGCUUGAAUGGAGUGACUUGGCCCAAGGAAACAAUCAAAAGACAACCGUUGGCGGGCUGGGCGGAGGUAUUGCAAUCUCCACAAAUGGGACUUCCCAAAAGCACCAGGUCUCUACAAUGAAUGAUGCUGCCAGCGACCCUAGAAAGAUCACGUUUCCCAACACCCUCGCAAUGAAAAGUCGCAGGUUAAUUGAAAAAGAUGGGUCGUACGAGGAAGGCCGUGCCACGAAGCGAGUCAAGCGCAAUACCGAUGCAAUCCUUAGCGGUGAUACUGGCAGGGCAGGCUCCAUCGGAGCAUCUACUCCCGGUGGAACGACUAGCACCGAACCGGCCGGUGAAAAGGCUCCGGAUGUUGAAAAGAAAACCAAAAAGGAGCUGAAAAAGGCCGAGGCCAAAGUCAACGAUGCAGUCCAGCAUCAGCAUGCAGUGGAGACCGCUCGUAUGGCGACUGGGGGCCUCAGCACAUCGCGAUUCGGAGGCAAGAAGACGUACUCGUGGUUGAGUAGCUCAGGCGCCACAUCCACCUCUAGGACUAGCUUCUCUACGCCUCGUGCAAAACCAGGAGUCGGAUCUGCGGGGCCCAGCUCUGGAAAGCCUGGUGGACUGGUCAAUGGAAUUCGAGCGCCGCCUGGAAAGCGACUGGGUGAAUGGCGCGAAGACAAGGAACGUGGUGCUGGGGUACAGAUCCGGGAUAUCCUCUUCACUCUAGAGAUCGACGGCAAGGCUACAAAACAUCUCCAAAAAGCGUAUUCGAAAGAAUCGAAGGAGGAAGUUGAUAGAGCCAGCAAAUAG